ACUAUUGAUGGGAUGGACGAGACAUGACACGCCACAAGCGUGCUGGUUAAAAAAAUACGUUGGCUCACGAAAUAAAAAUCAUAUUUUGAAGAGAGACCGUUUGUUCACCAAGAGGUCGUAAACAUGGAAGGACUGGAGAUGUCCGCCAUGAUCCCGGCUCUCCAGGAGCUAGCCAGCGCCGGCGCGGCCGAGUACGACCAGGCGGUGCAGAAACCUCGACAGAUCCUGUGUCAGUUCAUUGACCGGAUCCUGACGGACGUGGAGGCAGGGCCCUCACACAAGGUAUGGUGCUUCGGGGCCUUCAUGCAAAGUGAGGGACAUGGGGUACAAUUUGCUCUCGGGCUGAAUAAGAAGUCCACUUCAGAGCCGGCCUGUGUGAUGCUGCUGGACUUUGUGCAGCACAUAAUCAAAUCCUCGUCUCUGAUGUUCGCCAACCCCGCCUGCCAGCCUGCACAGUACCCGGACACCACGCAGAGCUGUACUGACUUCAGUAACUGGGUGGCCGUCCGGCUGCUCCGCGUGGCAGCCGCUCCGGACUGCGACGUCAUCCACCGGCGGGUCUCGGCCGUGCUGUGCUCGUUGCUGCACACCCUGAGAGCCCGAGCGCCGUUCAUCUUCAGCCGCCUCGCCCAGGAGCUCAUCCAUUUGGCGCAGGACCUCAGCGGCGUCCUGCACGCUCACCUUUCCACGCUGGCGGGAAGCGGACGCACUCUGGACGCCCGCGAGCCGAGCCGAUGGCCCGCCACUCUGGAGCGCUUCGGCGUCUCCCCCGGCUGCGCCUCCUCGUACCUCACGCCCUCUCCCCUCGUCCUCUCCUCGCCGGCCGCCCUGGAGUCGCUGAGCGCCGUGGCGAUCGGCGUCGUAACGGACGCGCUGCGGGGCGUCGUCUCCCGCCGGGACGGCGCCGCGGCCUGGGAGGCGGCGUGCUCCUUCCUGGCCGACGGCAACGCCAGGUUGAGGAAGAGCUCCAUGGUGAUGCUCGGUCGCCUCGUGGAGCUGGGAGGGUUUCCUGAGGUGCAAGGACACCACUUCUUCACGGCCUACCUGCAGCUGUUGGAGACGCACGGCGACGCGAACGCGACAAACGGCGAGACGCAACCGUACGACGGAGAGCUGCUGCAGCUGACUCGCUGCGUGUUCCAGCCGUCCGGCGUCUCUCACGCGCGCUUCGAGCCCAUCCACCUCUCGCAGAUGUUCGAGUGCGUCUGCACCCUCGGAGGCUCCGACGUCAAAUUGGGGUCGGAGGUCACCGAGUCGCUCUGCCUGCUGUUCAGCUUCCUGCUGUCCGUCGCCGCGGUUUACGAAAGUGCCGCGUUGUUAAGGAGGCGGCGAGUCACGGAGGUCUGCAGGGCGCUGGCGCGCACCGUCGGGACGGGAGCUCGGGCCGAAUGCGCCGAGGGGUUCCUCCGAGCCGCGCUGAAGGCCGAGGCCGCCGCGGUGAUGCGGAAGUCAGGAGACGGAGAGACCGCCGCCAAGAAAUCCUGCAAAUCUGCCGACAAGGCAGUCGGCAAAACCACAAAAACAUCAGCGGCCGUGGUGGACAUGCGCGUCGGCAGCGAGGUCUGGGCCGUGGUGAACGGUCGUCUGGAGGAGCUGCUGACCUUUCUGAACUCCGACGGCCCCGACACCAAGCGGACUGCUCUGGAGGGCGUGGCCCUCAUCCUCCACCUGGCGGCCCUCUGCUCCUCUCCAACCGGUCCUCCUCUUCUUCUCUGGGUGCCGGCUGAGACUCUGGGCAGGGCGCUGCAGAGCUGUCAGACCGUGUUAGACGGAGGUCCUCUACCCGACUUACACCAGAGCUACUUUCAGUCCGCUCUCCGGACGACUUUCAGGGUCCUGGACUCCAUCCUCUACCUCACGAUGAACAGCAACGGCGAGGACGGGUUCCAGCGGCGAGUGUGUGCUCUGCUGUCUCUCCCCUGGGUGUGUGAGCACAAGUCCGUCUCGGCCUACAAGAGUUCGGGAUUCCCCUCCUGGCAGCCCGUCUUCGCGAAUAGACUCAGCUUCUGUUACUCGUCUGAGCUCCGGGCCGACUGCGUGUCCCUGCUGGCCGUCCUGCGUGGCGGUGUGUGUGAGGCGUGGCGGCUCUGCGUGUUUUCCGCGGCGCUGCUGAGUCGGGACGAGGUGGUGAGAGCGGCGGCCGUCAAGGCCUUCCCUCUUCUUCUUCACCACCUCGGGAAGUCGCACCAAAACCUCAUCUGCACUUCUCUGCUUCCCAGGAUGGAGGACAGCUCGGAGCUGGUGAAGAAGGAGCUCGCGAGGAUAAUCGGUCAGCUGAGCUGCAUCCAAUCAGAGCGCUCCAAGCUCAGUGACACCCUCACAGAGUCCGCCGGGAGUCUUCCUGAGAUCCUCUGCCACCGACUCGGCCUCGCAGCAGAGCAUUCUGGGAAUUCUUGUCCGUCCCUCGGGGCGACUUUUGUCCGACCCUUCCUGCCGCUGCUCAAACAGGAAGCCCCGAGUAGCGUUAAACAAGCUUUCCUGGAAGCUUUGCCUCACCUCUGCCAGCAUGUCAAACUAGUCGGUGGCGACGGCGACUCCCACGCGGUUCUCUGUGCUCUCAUUGGUCUAAUGGAGGACUCGGAUCCAGCGGUCAGAACAUGCUUCAGCCAAUCGGUGCGUUUCCUGCUAACGGAGACCUCCAGAAACUCGGAGCAGGACUCUCUGAGUGAGCUACUGGUCACCCGUCUCAAAGAGGCGUUCAACACCGCUAAACUCAACAGAGACGACGACCUGCGCAACACUCUGAUUCUCACCACCGGAGAGAUUGGCAGAGCGUCUCAGGGCAGCCUGGUGUCGUUCUCUCUGCUGCGGCUGCUCCACUGUCUGCUGUCCAAGUCGUCUCCGGUGUCUGUGGCCGCGUACACUCAGAUCAGAGCGCUGGCCACCGCCAAGGGGCUCAAACUACAGACCCUCUUCAGUCAGUACAAGAACCCCAUUUGCCAGUUCCUGGUGGAGUCGCUGCAUUCUCGCCAUGCGUCGGCCUUGCGGAGCACACCCGACCAAGGCAGCGAGUCAGCCAAUCAGAGAGAGCUCGCUCUAGACAUCCUGGCUCAGAUCGCGCACGCUUUCGACUUCCCGGACCUCCACCGCUUCCUCAAUAGGACACUACAGGUGCUACUGCCCUACCUGGCAGCCAAAGCGAGCUCCACUGGCUCCGCCCUCAUCCGUACCCUGGCCAAUGAGCUGAAGGCCAACAGGAGAGAGAUCCUGAUCAACAACUUUAAGUACAUCUUCAGCCAUCUGGUGUGUUCCUGCACUAAAGAAGAGCUCGAGAGGGCUUUCCACUACCUGCAGAGUGAGACGGAGAUCGAGCUGGGCUCUCUGCUCAGACAAGACUUCCAGGGUCUUCACAACGAGCUGCUGCUGCGCCUGGGAGAGCACUACCAGCAGGUGUUUAAUGGUCUGGCUAUCCUGGCUUCCUUUGCCUCCAACGAUGACCCGUACCAGGGUCCCCGAGACAUCACCGCCCCAGAGCGCAUGGCGGACUACCUGCAGCCGAAGCUGCUGGGCAUUCUCGCCUUCUUCAACAUGCAGCUGCUCAGCUCCGGUGCAGGAGAGAAGGACCGCAAGAAGUCGGCGUUGACGAGCGUGAUGGCUCUAAUGCGACUGAUGGGCCCCAAACACAUCAGCUCCGUCCGGGUGAAGAUGAUGACGACGCUCCGCACGGGUCUCCGAUACAGAGAGGACUUCCCUCUGCUCUGCUGCCAGACGUGGGAGUGCUUCGUGAGGAGCGUGGAGCCGACUCACCUGGGCCCCCUGCUGAGUCACGUGAUCGUCGCACUGCUGCCCCUGAUCCCACUGCUGCCCAAAGAAACCGCCGCCAUUAUCCGCUUCCUGAUCCUGGACAACAGGGAAGAGGUCAACGACUACCUCCAUGAGAUUUACUUCCUGCCAGACCACCCUGAGCUGAAAGACAUCCACACUGUUCUGCAGAACUACAAGAAGCUGACAGCCAGCAGCAGUGACCUGGUCGCGGCGCUGCAGCUCUCCAUGAGGGCCGUGCAGCACGAAAACGUCGACGUCCGGAUUCAUGCGCUGACCAGCCUCAGGGACGUGAUGCACAGCAAGCAGGAGUGGCUGCUGCGGCAGGUGUGCGCGAGUGAAGCGGUGGAGCCCGUCAUCUCCAGCCUGGUGUCGGUGCUGCUGAAGGGCUGCCAGGACUCGGCCCCCGAGGCCAGGCUGCUCUGCGGGGAGUGUCUGGGGGAGAUGGGGGCCGUGGAUCCCGGACGCCUGGAUCUGUCACACACUCAGACACAUGGCGACCGCACCACCUUUGUGAGCGGCGUCGAGGAUCCCAACUUCGCCUACGACCUGCUGACAGAACUGACGAGGACCUUCCUGGCUUACGCGGACGACGUGAGAGCACAGGACUCGGCCGCCUACGCAAUUCAGGAGCUGCUCUCCAUCUUUGAGUGUCGCGAGGGUCAAAGCGACUCGCCGGGCCGCCGUCUGUGGAGGAGGUUCCCGGAGCAGAUUCAAGAAAUACUGGAACCGCACCUCAACAGCAGGUAUAAGAGCAGUCAGAAGGAGGUUAACUGGUCCAAACUGAAGAAGCCAGUGUACUUGAGCAAGAGGGGCAGCAAGUUCUCUGAUUGGUCGGCCACCUGGAUCGGUUACCUCAUCAGCAAGGUGAGACACGAGCUGGCCGGCCGAGUGUUCACCUGCUGCAGCUUCAUCAUCAAACACGACUACAAGGUCACGAUCUACCUGCUGCCGCACGUCCUGCUCUACAUGCUGCUGGGCUGCACACCUGCAGAGCAACAGGGGGUGACGGAGGAGAUGCUGGCCGUGCUGACGGCGGAGGAUGGGCGGGGAGGCGGCCCCGGCCAGGGCACGGCCUCCAGCCUAUCGCAGCUCAGCACUCAGACGGUGUUCAGCAUGUUGUCUCACCUCACGCAGUGCAGCCGCCACAUCCUGCACGCCAAACACAGCGAGAGCGGGGGGUACCAGCGCGUGGUGGCGUUCCUCAAGGGAAUCUCUCAGGACGUGCUGGCCAAGGCGUCUCUGCGCUCCAAAGCGUACACGCGCGCCCUCAUGCACUUUGAAGCGUACAUCCUAGAGAGCAAGGAGGACAUCCAGGACCACCUCACCCUGCUGCAGACUCUGUACGCCGCCAUGCACGAGCCCGACGGCGUGCGGGGGGUCAACGCCCUGAGGAGGGAGGAGCCGUCGCUCCGCGAGCAGAUCCUGGAGCACGAGAGCAUCGGCCUGCUGCGGGACGCCACCGCCUGCUACGACCGGGCCAUACAGCUGGAGUCGGACCAGAUCGGUCACUACCACGGGGUCAUGACCUCUAUGCUCGGCCUGGGGCAGCUGUCAACGGUCAUCACUCAGGUCAACGGAGUCCUGGCCAGCAAGCACCAGUGGAAGUCGGAGCUGAACUCCUACAGAGUGGAGGCGGCCUGGAAGCUCGGGAAAUGGGACCUGCUGGAAGAUUAUUUGAGUUCAGACCGCCAGUCCAAUACCUGGGGCGUGCGGCUCGGCCAGCUGCUGCUGUCGGCUAAGAAGCAGGACGCCGAGACUUUCUACGAGAAGCUGAAGUUGGUGAGGAAGGAGCAGGUCGUCCCUCUGUCUGCAGCCAGCUACGAGUGCGGCACCUACCAGAGAGGAUACGAGUACAUUGUCAGGCUCCACAUGCUCAGCGAGUUGGAGCACAGUUUCACUGAGCUGCAGAAGCAGAGGGAAUGCUCCACCCCCAGCCUCAGCCACCUGCCUCCUCAUUGGUCGGACCGACUGGAGAUGACCCAGAACUCCUUCAGGGCCAAGGAGCCGGUCCUGGCCCUCCGCCGUGCCCUGCUCAGCCUGGGACAGCCGGUGAGCAACGAGCUGGUCGGGGAGUGCUGGCUGCAAAGCGCCCGCGUGGCCCGAAAGGCGGGACACCACCAGACGGCCUUCAACGCGCUCCUGAACGCGGAGAACACGCACCUGGCGGAGCUGGUCACCGAGAAGGCCAAGUGGCUUUGGACCAAGGGCGACGUCCACGAGGCCCUGAUCGUCCUGCAGAAGGGCGUGGCCCAGUGUUUCCCCGAGGACCAGCCGCUGAAGGACGCCCGCAGCCUCCAGACCAAGAGCAGAGCCAUGCUGCUGGUGGGCCGCUUCAUGGAGGAGACGGCCAACUUUGAGUCCAACGCCAUCAUGAAGGCGUACAAGGACGUGACCAACCUUCUGCCCGAGUGGGAGGAUGGAAACUUCUACCUCGCCAAGUAUUACGACAAAGUGAUGCCGAUGGUGACGGACAACAAGCUGGAGAAGCAGGGGAACCUCAUCCGGUACAUCGUCACGUAUUUUGGAAAAGCCUUGCAGUUUGGAAACCAGUACAUCUACCAGGCCAUGCCUCGCAUGCUGUCGCUCUGGCUGGAUUUUGGAGCCAAAGUGUGCGAGUGUGAGAAAGCGGGGCGGGCGGACCGACAGAUGCGACAGGAGCUCGGGAAAAUCAACGCGGUGAUGAGCGAGCACUGUGCCAACCUGGCGCCGUACCAGUUCCUGACCGCCUUCUCGCAGCUCAUCUCCAGGGUGUGCCACUCCAGCGACGAGGUCUUCACCGUCCUCAUGACCAUCGUGGCCAAAGUCUUCCUGGCGUACCCCCAGCAGGCUAUGUGGCUAAUGGCCGCUGUCUCCAAGUCCUCCUACCCCAUGCGUAUGAACCGCUGUAAUCAGAUCCUCAAGAAGGCGAUUAGUCUCAAACAGUCUCUGGAGAAAUUCAUCGGAGAUGCCAACAGGUUGACUGACAAGCUGCUGGAGCUCUGCAACAAGCCGGUGGACGGGAACAGCAGCACCCUCAGCAUGAGCGUCCACUUCAAGCAGCUGAAGCGGCUGGUGGAGGAGCCCACCUUCAGCCAGAUCCUCAUCCCGCUGCAGUCGGUGCUCAUCCCCACGCUGCCCUCUACUGGCGGCGCCAACACACAGCACGACGCCUUCCCCGGACACUGGGCCUACCUGGACAGCUUUGAGGACAACGUGGAGAUCUUGGCCUCCUUACAGAAGCCUAAGAAGAUAAGUCUGAAGGGUUCAGAUGGGCGGAGCUACACCAUGAUGUGCAAACCUAAAGACGACCUGAGGAAGGACUGCCGACUCAUGGAGUUCAACUGCCUCAUCAACAAGUGCCUCCGUAAAGAUGCCGAGUCGAGGCGUAGGGAGCUGCAUAUCCGUACCUACGCCGUGAUUCCUCUCAACGAGGAGUGCGGCAUCAUCGAAUGGGUCAACAACACGGCCGGACUUCGACACAUCCUCACCAAGCUGUACAAGGAGAGAGCGAUCUACUUGUCGGGUAAGGAGCUCAGGAAGCUGAUUCUCCCGAAGACGGCCCCCUUUGAGGAGAAGCUCCGGCUCCACAAGGAGGUGCUGUGUGUUCGACACCCCCCCGUGUUCCACGAGUGGUUCCUCCGGACCUUCCCCGACCCCACGUCAUGGUACAGCAGUCGCUCUGCGUACUGCCGCUCCACCGCCGUGAUGUCCAUGGUGGGCUACAUCCUGGGUCUGGGAGACCGCCACGGAGAAAACAUCCUCUUUGACUCUUUCACUGGGGAAUGUGUCCACGUGGACUUCAACUGCCUCUUCAACAAGGGGGAGACGUUCGACGUGCCCGAGGUGGUUCCCUUCCGGCUGACCCAGAACAUGGUCCACGCCAUGGGGCCCAUGGGCACCGAGGGCCUCUUCAGACAGGCCUGUGAGGUCACCCUGAGGCUGAUGCGAGACCAGAGGGAGCCGCUCAUGAGUGUACUUAAGACCUUCCUGCAUGACCCGCUGGUGGAGUGGAGCAAACAAGCCAAAGGACCUUCCAAAACUCAGGCCAACGAGACGGGAGAGAUAGUUAAUGAAAAGGCGAAAACCCACGUGUGCGACAUCGACCAGCGUCUGCAGGGAGUGAUAAAGAGCAGGAACAAGGUGCUGGGUCUACCUCUGUCCAUCGAGGGACACGUCCACUACCUCAUACAGGAAGCCACGGACGACAAACUGCUCUGUCAGAUGUAUCUGGGAUGGGGGCCCUACCUGUAAAACACACACACACACAAACUGAGUUGGAGGAGAAUCGAAGAUGCUUUUCUGUUAUCAAAUGCCGACACUAGACCACCUGAACUGCCCUCCAAGGUGGCGCCGACCAAGUAUGACAAGUGCAUAAAGUGUGUAAUAACAACACAAAUACUUUUUAUGAUUGUUUGCUGCAGAGCUCUUUUUAUAACUGCCUUUUUUGUUUUGUUCCAGUACUUCCAUCAUUGUUAAGUUUCCUGUUUUCUGGAAACAAAAUGUAUAUUUGUUGAAUUGCUGUACAUUCUCUUGUAAUAUUGUAAUAAAAAGACAUGUUUGCA